AGGUGCCCCAUCAUUGGUAUCAGUGGCAGGAAUAGUGUCCCAUCAUUGGUAUCAGUGGCAGGAAUAGUGCCCCAUCAUUGGUAUCAGUGGGAGGCAUAGUGCCCCAUCAUUGGUAUCAGUGGCAGGAAUAGUGCCCCAUCAUUGGUAUCAGUGGCAGGAAUAGUGCCCCAUCAUUGGUAUCAGUGGCAGGAAUAGUGCCCCAUCAUUGGUAUCAGUGGGGGGAAUAGUGCCCCGUCCUUGGUGUCAGUGGGGGGAGGAAUGGUGCCCCGUCCUUGGUGUCAGUGGGGGGAGGAAUGGUGCCCCGUCCUUGGUGUCAGUGGGGGGAGGAAUGGUGCCCCGUCCUUGGUGUCAGUGGGGGGAGGAAUGGUGCCCCGUCCUUGGUGUCAGUGGGGGGAGGAAUGGUGCCCCGUCCUUGGUGUCAGUGGGGGG